AUGAAGACGUGUGAAAUAUGUAUGAAAGAAUUGCGAUGUAAUUCGGCUUAUUUACGACAUCUCGAUUCGCAUAGUGUAAGUUUCUUUGAUUUUGAUGCUAGAAAAAAGAAAAUUGAAGAGAAUUUCAGUUCUUCGGCGGGUUUUUCUGCGAUUUGUGCGACAAAAACUUCCGACGCGAGGAAAAUUUGAUAGAACAUUGGAGAAAAUCUUGCGAAGGUGUUUCGAUUUUCUUGAACUUGCCGGAUCAAAUAACUAUGCCCUAUCAGCAAUUCAAGCAUUUUAUGAUUCGAAAUAUCUAUGAGUAUAAGAAGGAAAUUGAGGGAAUUAAGCAGGACGAUUUGGAUGAUGGAACAAGGCAAUUUUUAAAUAGGAUUUUUAUUGAAAUAUGUUUUCUAGCAAAAUUCCGCGCAGCUUCCGCUUUAGCGGCAUGCUAUUUCCUGGAAUUUCAGCAAACCUUCCGUAGAGUAGAGAGUGUACUGAAAUUGCAAGUCAUAGUAAUCCGCGUGGCCAAAUUUUCGUCUAAAAAGUGAAUUUUAGCUCUAGAAAUUCCAGAUUUCCGGUUUCAGAAUCUCUAGAACUUGAGAAGUUCUAGAAAUUCUGUUAGUUCCAGGAAAUCUGAAAUUUCAGAGCUAAUGAGAUGCGGAAGCUAUGCCCAAAUUUUGAUUUUUAGCUCAAAAACUUGUGAAAAAUCUGAAUUUUCUGUCAGAGUUUUGUUUUCACCUGAAAAUCAACAAUUUCAACAUUUAAAGUUUCCAAAUUUCCAACUAAAAGCUGAAUUUUAGCUCUAGAAAUUUCAGAUUUCCGGUUUCAGAAUCUCUAGAACUCGAAAAGUUCUAGAAAUUCUGAUAAUUUCAGGAAAUCUGAAAUUUCAGAGCUAAGGAGAUGCGGAAGCUAUGCCCAAAUUUUGAUUUUUAGCUCAAAAACUUGUGAAAAAUCUGAAUUUUCUGUCAGAGUUUUGUUUCCAGUCUGAAAAUCAACAAAUUAAACUCUUAAAGUGUAAUAAUUUUCAACUAAAAGCUGAAUUUUAGCUCUAGAAAUUUCAGAUUUCCGGUUUCAGAAUCUCUAGAACUCGAAAAGUUCUAGAAAUUAUGAAAGUUCCAGGAAAUCUGAAAUUUCAGAGCUAAGAAGAUGCGGAAGCUAUGCCCAAUUUUUCCAGACCCUCGACCUCCAAAUCCUCCAACAUCUGUGACAUCUGCCACCUUCUCCUCCCAACUUCAGCUCUCGGUCGCCACAAACAAGUUCAUUUCAAAUACUUCAAACCAGGCAUGGCGAUCGAAAUCAAUAAUGGAAUCCAAGAUCAGAGCUACAAUUUAUUUUGCUGUGAUUUGUGUGGAAUAAUCUUCACCAGCUCUGAAUUAUUGUUUGAACAUUGGAGGCAAAGUUGCCCCGAAGUUAUGGGAAAUAUUCCGAAGAAUGGGAUUUUGCUCAGCGAUCAGGAAAUGAUUGAUUUUGUUGAGUAUUUGGUGGAGAAAUCGGAUUUGAAUGUGGAUUUUGAAGGGGAACCUUUCGAAUUCAAAUUUCAAAAAAAUCACAAGCAUUAUUUGGUUAAACCUGAUUUAUAUACAGUUCAAGGGGAGUUUUUGAACAUACUAAAAUCUAAAAAAAAUUGUCUGAAAAUUAGUUUUAUAGUCUAUCGAACGUUAUCCAAUAUAUAGCAUUUUCAGCCCAAAAAUUCGGCUGAAAAUUCUAUAUAUUGGAUAACGUUCGAUAGACUAUCAAACUAGUUUUCAGCGGAUUUAUUUACCUUUCGAAAACUUCGCUGAAAAAAUGCUGAAAAUCCCGAGUUUCUCUGGAUUUUCAGCAUUUUUUCUGGCGAGCUUGCGGAAGCUAUGCCCAAAUUUUGAGCUGAAAAUAUUGAUUUUCGCUGAAAAAGUGCUGAAAAUCCCGAGCUUCUCUGGAUUUCCAGCAUUUUUUCUGGCGAGCUUGCGGAAGCUAUGCCCAAAUUUCGCUGAAAAAAUGCUGAAAAUCCCGAGUUUCUCUGGAUUUUCAGCAUUUUUUCUGGCGAGCUUGCGGAAGCUAUGCCCAAAUUUUGAGCUGAAAAUUCCAAAUUUCGGUGAAAAAAUGCUGAAAAUCCCGAGCUUCUCUGGAUUUCCAGCAUUUUUCUGGCGAGCUUGCGGAAGCUAUGCCCAAAUUUUGAGCUGAAAAUAAUGGUUUUUGGCUGAAAAUCCUGUGUUUCUAGCUAAAAUCAUAUGAAAAUCUCAAAUUUCGCUGAAAAAAUGCUGAAAAUCCCGAGUUUCUCUGGAUUUCCAGCAUUUUUUCUGGCGAGCUUGCGGAAGCUAUGCUCAAAUUUUUAGCUGAAAACUCCAAAUUUCGUUGAAAAAAUGCUGAAAAUCCCGAGUUUCUCUGGAUUUCCAGCAUUUUUCUGGCGAGCUUGCGGAAGCUAUGCCCAAAUUUUUAGCUGAAAAUUCCAAAUUCCGCUGAAAAAAUGCUGAAAAUCCCGAGUUUCUCUGGAUUUCCAGCAUUUUUUCUGGCGAGCUUACGUAAGCUAUGCCCAAAUUUUCAGCUGAGAACUAUAAUAUUUCAGAUUCUGAAAAAUGGUCAAACCAUAUAAUGACGUGUCAGCGAUGCUCCAGAAGUUUCAAAAAUCGUGGAAGACUCGAGCGACACGUUCUGAGUUAUCACAACUCGUGGAAAUUCCGCGAAAAAUGUCGACUUUGUCUGGUGACAUUUAGGAGACGCGAUAAUUUGGUGGAACAUUUGAAAAUGUCGUGUGCGGCUAUGGCUUUUGAGAUUCCUGCGAAACUGGAGCGGCUGAAAAUGGGACCGGGCGAGAUUUUGGCGGAAAUGCGGGAGUUUGAGGGAAGAUGGAAGGUGAUGUAUGAGAGAAGAAGGGAGGAGUAUUUGAAGUAUGUUAGAGAGGUUUUGGUGAGUUUUUUGAGGGGAAAAUUGAAAAAUUUGGGGAAAAUUUGGGAUUUUCAUGAAAAACUGAUCAAAUUUCCAAUUUUUUUAAAGAAAAUUGACUAAAAAUGUGAUUUUUGACUUGAAAAUCAUGAAAAUUGUGCUUCUAGAGCUUUAUUCAACUGAAAAAAUGCUCCAGGCGCUUAAAAUUCAUCAAAAAUGCUCCUAGAGCUAAUUUUAGCUGUGAAUAUGCUCCAGGACAUCGAAAAUCACCAAAAUGAGCUUCUGAACCUUGAAAAUCAUGAAAAUCUGGACUGGAGCAUAAAAAUUGGCUGAUUUUUGCUCCAGAAGCUGGAUUUUGCUGAAAAUGAGCUUCUGGAGCUCGAAAAUCAUGAAAAUUAGGUCUGGAGAAUGAAAAUUGGCUCAUUUUUGCUCAAGAAGCCGGAUUUUGAUGAAAAUGAGCUUCUGGAGCUUAAAAAUCAUGAAAAUCUGGACUGGAGCAUAAAAAUUGGCUCAUUUGUGCUCCAGAAGCUGGAUUUUGCUGAAAAUGAGCUUCUGGAGCUUGAAAAUCAUGAAAAUCUGGACUGGAGCAUGAAAUUUGGCUCCUUUUGCUCCAGAAGUAGGAUUUUGCUGAAAAUGAGCUUCUGGAGCUUAAAAAUCAUGAAAAUUGAGUCUGAAGCAUGAAAAUUGGCUCAUUUUUGCUCCAGAAGCUGGAUUUUGCUGAAAAUGAGCUUCUGGAGCUUAAAACUCAUGAAAAUUUUAUUCAAAAUUCAAAUUUUUUUGCAGAAAAUCGAAGAAGACGAGCAAAUUUCAGCUUCUGCUCCGCAAAAAAAUCCCGAAGAAUUUCCAGAUUUUGCGGUAACUUCAUUAGCUUGUCCCUUCUGUGGUGAGUGCAUUUUUGGCUGAAAAUAAGCUGAAAUUCCCCAAUUUUCCAGACAUAAUCUUCAAAAAUGCCGAUAUCACCAAAAAACACAUGAAAACACUGCAUUCUGAUCGAAUUCGUGAUUUUAUUGAAGGAGUUCCCGUGUUUUACGAUGAUUUUGGAUUUGAAUUUCGAGCCGGGAAAUAUGUGAAUACUAGUAUGAAACAUGGAACUAGGCUGAAGAAAUUUAUGGUUUGUGAGGGUUUUGAGCUGAAAAUCAUGAAAUUUGAAGAAUUUUGAGCUAAAAUUCAGGUUUUUUGCAUAAAUUUGAACCAAAUUGGCAAUUUUUUACGCCAAAAAAAUUCACUGUUUCAAAAAAUUAUUAAAUUUUUCGGAUUUCAUGGAAAUUUUUGAUUGGUCUUCCAUUUUACUGUCAAAAAUCCACGUGGCACUGAUUUUUGGCACCAAAAUCCCGAUUUUUACUCGAAAAAAAAUUUACUGUUUCAAAAAAAUUAGCAAAAUUUCGGAUUUCUGGGAAAUUUUUGAUUAGUAUGUAUUCGAUUCUACUUUCAAAAAUCCACGUGGCACUAAUUUUUGGCACCAAAAAUCCCGAUUUUUACUCGAAAAAAAAUUUACUGUUUCAAAAAAUUAUGAAAAUUUUCGGGUUUCUUGGAGAUUUCUGAUUUGGAUUCCCUAUUAUCUUCAAAAAUUCAGGUGACAUCAAUUUUUGGCACCAAAAAUCCCGAUUUUUACUCGGAAAAAAAUUCACUGUUUCAGAAAAUUAUUAAAUUUUUCAGAUUUCUUGGAAAUUUUUGAUUAGUAUUCCAUUUUACUGUCAAAAAUCCACGUGGCACUAAUUUUUGGCACCAAAAAUCCCGAUUUUUACUCGGAAAAAAUUUACUGUUUCAAAAAAUUAUGAAAUUUUCCGGAUUUCUUGGAAAUUCUUGAUAGGGGAAUAUUUUGAAAAAUCCUAGAUCAUUUUUAGCUUAUUUUUCUGGGAAAAAAUAGGUUUCAAAAAAUUGUUAAAUUUAACUUUCAAAAUUUUUUUUCAAUUUUGUGCCAAAUUCCAAUGGAUAUCUGAAAAUUUAACGAAAAAUCACGAUUUUCGACCUGAAAUUCAAGAAUUUUCAGCCCGACGGAACAGAAGAAUCGGCAAUGUCCAUUGAAAUUAAUUCAACAUCGAGAGCCACCAAAAAAUGUGUGAUUUUGAGCGAAAUCGAGAUUUCGAUGGUUUUUGGCGAGGAAAUUGAUACGAGAAAAGUGUUCUAUGAGGAGAGACCGGGGAGAUUUGAGGGUGAGGGUUUUCAUGGCCAAAAAUUGGGAUUUUUGGUGCGAAAAUUGAUGAAAUUAGUGAAAAAUACCUGAAAAAUCAUGAAAAUUUGACCCAAAAUUUAUAAAAAAGCAAGCUUCCGAUUGGAAUUUCAGUAAACCUCUACCAAAGGUUUACUGAAAUUCCACGUCAUAGCGGAAUUUUGCAUUUUCAUCAGAAAAUUGAAAUUUAGCUCUAGAAAUUUCAGAUUUCCGGUUUCAGAAUCUCUAGAACUCGAAAAGUUCUAGAUUUUCUGAUAUUUCCAGGAAAUCUGAAAUUUCAGAGCUAUGGAGAUGCGGAAGCUAUGCCCAAAUUUUGAAUUUUUAGUCAAAAACUUUGUGAAAAAUCUGAAUUUUAAGUCAAAAAUUCCAUUUUUGAUGGAAAAAAAAUCUCACUGUUUCAAUGUUUUUAUGAAUUCUGAGAUCAUUUUUGUCGAAAUUUUGUAGCAACAGCUCCUAAGGAAAAAUCAUUACUGUAACUCUUGCCCCAGAUUUUGGCUGAAAUUCAGAAUCUUCUGAAAAUUUCAGUCUGUAAAAUUGAAAUUUAGCUCUAGAAAUUUCAGAUUUCCGGUUUCAGAAUUUCUAGAACUCGAAAAGUUCUAGAAAUUCUGUUAGUUCCAGGAAAUCUGAAAUUUCAGAGCUAAGAAGAUGCGGAAGCUAUGCCCAAAUUUUGAAUUUUUGCUCAGAAACUUGUGAAAUUUUUUGAAUUAUGUUCCUUUAAAAUCAUCUCUACAGUACCCCUUUUUUUUGCAGAUUUGCCAAUCUUGAAUCCGGAAGCUUCAUCGUCUUGA